AUGUACCUCAGUGCUUUGGUGGGAAACAUCCUCAUCAUUGUGAUCACUAGGGUAGAUGCUGCCCUUCACUCCCCCAUGUAUUUUUUCCUCAAGAACUUGUCCUUCCUAGAGAUUGGCUACACUACAUCCACAAUCCCCCAGAUGCUUGUGAACUUCCUCACAAAAAGGAAGGGCAUAUCCUUUCUGGGCUGUGCCACGCAGAUGUAUGCCUUCUCCCUCUUAGGGAUCACAGAAUGUUGUCUGCUGGCUGCCAUGGCCUAUGAUCGCUACAUGGCCAUAUGCCAUCCCCUGCGCUACACAACCGUGAUGAGCUGGAACAUGUGCUUCCUGCUCUCAGCUGUAUCUUGGCUUACUGGGGUCUUGCUGGCCUUAGGGCAGACAACUUUCAUCUUUACCCUUCCAUAUUGUGGGCCCAACAGGAUCAAUCACUUCUUCUGUGACCUGCUGCCUCUGCUGAAGUUGGCUUGCGUGGACACCUUCAAGAAUGAAAUUGCCAUCUACAUAAUAGCUGUCCUCUUCAUCACGGUCCCCUUCUUACUCAUAGUUACAUCAUACGUCCAGAUACUCCACACCAUCUUCAAGAUGCCAUCAGCUGGGGGCAAGAGAAAAACGUUCUCUACCUGCUGUUCUCAUCUGGUCGUAGUUACUCUGUUUUAUGGAUCUGGUAUUGCGACCUACCUGAGACCCAAAGUUUUUUAUUCAAGCAGCAGUAACAAAAACUGCCUUCUCUCUCUUACACACUGA